CCAUCCUUCCGCUUGUAUCCCACCACUCAUCUUCCCUCCUCCUGUAUACGAUUGUCCUCGGCAAGCAGAUCACCACUACCUCUACGAUCCACCCUGCAUUGAGAUUCGCACAAUUCCACCCCGUGUGCCCCCUGCAAGCUCGUCGGAGCUGCCAUCCUCUUACGGAUUUCUCGAAGACCACACCCUGCAGCACUGGUGCUCACUACCCACGCACUCAUUGCCUGGAGAAGAAAAAAAAACACAUAAUUAAUACCCCAACUCCACCAUGUCUCCGUGGUUGAUCACCUUUGUCGCUUUCGUCCCUGUCCUCUUGGUCGCUCUUUCUUUUCUGCGAUCCACUGUACUCUCCAAAUACCUUGACGACAAGCACGAGCGGAGACAGCCUGCAGGAUGAGCUCAAACCCAGACUCCAUCGAGCCAAAGGAGGUCAGGGUGAUCAACGACCACGUCGUCCACAUGCACCCUACCGAUGCGCCUGCUGAGGGGGGAGAGCGCAGACGGACACACCACGACAUUCCCGCUCAUGGCCACAACCCUUCCAUGCAGAAGGACGUCGACGAGAAUCCAGAUUUAGCUCUGCACUACUCCCACGAGCAUCAGCACAAGCACUUGCACCAUGGCCGCCCCUCGCUGACCGGUCGCCAUGACGAGGUCCUCUACGCCGAUGGUACCACCGUUGAUGAGCAUGUUGCGAGCAAAAACCCUCAAGACUAUGUGAAACACCAGCUCCGACAUCCCUCGGGACCGGUCGACGAGAAGGACUUCAUCACCAUGGGCGAUGCUGAGAAAGGAGACGUGGAUCCCACGCGCGUUAUGACCAACGGCUCAGAGGAUGACGGGAAGAAGCAUCGUUUCUCAAGAGCAUAUGGAAAAUACAAAAUCUUUGUUCACCUCUUCAUUUGGUUGUUAUUUACCGGAUGGUGGAUCGCUGGUUUGGUCAUGCACCGCCACGACCUGGGCUGGCUGAUUCCUUUCCUCCUCUAUCUCGCCAUCACCCUGCGCCUGAUCUUUUUCUGGGUUCCCAUCACUAUCGUCAGCCGACCGAUGCAUUUUGUCUGGAACAACACGGGCGUCAGGGUCUACCAGGCUAUCCCGGAGAAGCUCCGCAUCUGGCUUGCUGCGCUGGUGGCUCUGGCCGUCAUUCUGGUUGGAUCCUUUGUCUCAGAGGAAUCUGCCGACAAUACUCGUGGAAAUCGUGCCAUCUCCCUCCUGGGGCUGGCGGUCAUGAUAGCCCUUCUUUGGAUCACGUCGCGUGACCGUCGCAAGAUUCGCUGGCAUACAGUCAUCGGUGGCAUGUUGACACAGUUCGUCAUUGCGGUAUUCGUGCUCCGAACCAAGGCCGGUUACGACAUUUUCAACUUUAUCUCCUUCCUCGCUCGCCAGCUGCUGGGAUUUGCAGACCAGGGCACCUCUUUUCUGACGGCGGAAAGUGUCAUCGACUUGCACUGGUUCUUGACUGGAGUCGUCCCGCCGAUCAUCUUCUUCGUCGCCUUCGUGCAGGUUCUGUACUACCUCGGCGUCCUGCAAUGGUUCAUUGGCAAAUUCGCAGUGUUUUUCUUCUGGAGCUUGCGUGUCUCUGGUGCUGAGGCUGUUGUGGCAGCAGCUUCUCCUUUCAUUGGACAAGGAGAGUCGGCUAUGCUGGUGCGUCCGUUCGUACCUCACUUGACCCUGGCCGAAAUCCACCAAGUCAUGUGCUCUGGCUUCGCGACCAUCGCUGGGUCUGUGCUGGUGGCUUAUAUCGGUCUGGGCUUGAAUCCCCAGGCUCUGGUGUCUUCUUGUAUCAUGUCGAUCCCAGCGUCUUUGGCGGUGUCAAAGAUGCGAUACCCGGAAACGGAAGAGACCAUCACCUCAGGUCGGGUGGUCAUUCCUGACGACGAUGAACAUCGCGCAACGAAUGCCUUGCACGCGUUUGCCAAUGGUGCUUGGCUUGGUAUCAAGAUCGCGGGUAUGAUCGUGGCUACUUUGCUCUGCAUUAUCGCAUUGAUUGGGUUGAUCAAUGCUCUUCUAGGGUGGUGGGGAAGAUACAUCAACAUCACCCAGGAUGGCGAACCCUAUCUGACCCUCCAGCUAAUCCUGGGGUACAUCUGCUACCCAGUGGCCUUCCUUUUGGGAGUGCCUCGCGACGACCUGCUGAAAGUGGGACAACUCAUCGGGAUCAAGGUCGUCGCGAAUGAAUUUGUUGCGUAUAACUCUCUCACCAGCGAGGCACAGUACAUCGACAUGAGUCCGCGGUCAAAGCUAAUUGCGACGUACGCCUUGUGCGGGUUUGGUAACUUUGGCUCCCUUGGCACCCAAAUCGGCGUGCUCAGUCAGAUCGCACCUUCUCGCUCCGGCGACGUGUCUCGUGUCGCGCUCUCGGCGUUGUUCUCUGGGGUGCUCUCGACAUUAACUAGUGCAAGUAUUGCUGGCAUGUUGGUCACGGAUCAGGUCACCUUGAGCCAGAACAGUUCUUAGUGAAUGGUUGCGGUGUGUCUCGCAGAAGAGAAAUUAAGCUCUGAUGGCGUCACGACUAUGAACAUAUGGGAGAGAGGCUGCGUAUCGAAAGGAAUCCCAGCAGACGGGGCGUCAAGCAAGAUACGUUCAUGAUAGGGGAAUAUAAGUUCAGCUGA